CAACAACAUCUGUGCCGACAACAGCAUCUGUGUCGACAUCAACAACAUCUGUGCCGACAACAUCUGAUGUGCCGACAACAGCCCCAGUUGUAACAACUGCAGCAGCAGCUGUUCUUACCACAACAACAUUACCGACAACAACACGUACAACUUUACCUGAUGAAUCUGCUCCCACAACAACUGUUACCGUAGAAACUACAAGUACUCCAAGCCAUCUUGUCAAUACAACUGACGACCUUGCAGCUUCUAACAAUCAGAAGCAGAUUAGUGAUGAAAACCUCACAAACAUAGUUCUUGGGACGAUGAUACCAAUUGCCAUUCUCACUUUGAUUGGUUGCACUUGUAUGGUGGCACUAGUGGUCAAGAGAAAGCGUAAGCGUAGGAGAGAACAGGAAGAGGGACAAGAUUUAAUGAAACCUGGCACACCUCCACC